CUGAUGAUGAGGACUUUGGAAAAGUUCAGCCUGUUUAUUGUUGCAAUGUGUUUAUUGUUGCAUAAGCCAUGGCAUCGCAUGCAGUGAAGAAGCCGCAGCUGAGAUUCGAAUGGCGGCAUUGCCUUGAAAAACUUUAUAAGAAAAAACUGGGUAGAGUGAGGCUCCAGAAGUUGACCUCAGUCCUGAAGAAGAGGAAGAGAUCCGGCAGUCAGUGCUCCAAGGGAUGUUUCUUAUUAGAGGCAACUUACAGAGUCAGCUUUCACAUGCAGUACAUUUGAUGGCUAAGCGGGACUUCCCGGAGCGCUGGCCCUCAUUAGUACCAGCACUUGCUGAACAGUUGAAAGUGGACGAUCUUGGUCGGCUAGUGGCGUCUUUGUUGGCGAUGGAUCAGCUAUUCAAGAAAUUUCGUUAUGAGAGCAAAUCCACUGCUCUAUGGACUGAGCUGAAGUCUUGUCUGCUUACGGUGCGAGAGCCUCUUACUCGGGUAUACGCGAAAAUGCUCGAGUUCAUCCCACAGCGAAGCACAAUGUCAGCUGAAUCCGUUGUACAAUGGCUAGAGAUUCUAUGUCUCGUUAGCAAAGUGUUCCAUUCACUGUGCUUCCAAGAUUUGCCUGAGUACUUCGAGGAUAACAUAAAACCAUGGAUGGAUGGAUACUUAGAAAUAAUGAAGAUGGAUUGUCCCAGCGUCUCUUCAAGUGGUGGCGAACCUACUUAUCUUGAUGAACUAAAGAUGGGAGUUUGCGAGAUAUUUACACUGUAUGCGCAGCGAUUUGAAGAGGAGAUCAGUCCCUUCAUGCAGAAUAUCAUCCAAGCUGUAUGGCAACUUGUUGUACAAACAAAUAGUGAAACGAGGUGUGCAUAUAUGUACAAUGCUGAAGGAGAAUUUACGAACCCAUAUUGUCGGCUAAGCUACGCCCCAAAGCCUGACCCUCUUGUACCGGAGAUCACAAACUUUAAAAAUUAUCUCGCACGGGCUGUUCUACAACGUGGACCUGCAGCAAACUCUGCCGUUGAAGCGUGUAUCCCGGCAGAGCUGCGAACACAUCUCAUGGCUUAUGCCUGAAGCUAGGUCAGGUUGAACAAAAUGUUGCACUGAUGCCUCUACUGUGUUAUGCAAGUUUUUUUUUUUUUUUGAGAUAGAGAGAUCCUCUCUUUUUUACUUUUCUCGUUUUUGUUGUUGUUCAAGUUCAUGCGCCCGGCCUUUGUGAAUGCGAGGUAGUUCCUUCCCGGCGUAGUAUAUUUUUCUCCAUAAUGGAUCAUAUUGUGUUAAGCCUUUUGAUGCUACUCAAAGCGGGGUAUGCUUAUUCACAUAAGAUUCUUUACGAUCUUUUUAUCAUUCUCAAUCGAGAUUUUUUUGCAUCGUUGUUACUUGCCCUCAAGCUUUUGUCAC